AUGAGUGGACAAACGAACAAGCCGUUCAAGCAAAGAAAAAGUUUCUGUAAGCAGAACAAAAUUAUAUUUGGGGACUUUUUUGGCGCAAAAUGGUUUGGUGAAGGCGACGCGAUGUGCAUUGGCGGAAUAAUUCGUCACCCGUCAUCGCUUGAAAACAAAUACUUUUAUGCCUUGUUUUUGUCUCAUUGGCAGUUUUCGCUUUCUUUUACUAAUGUUUUGCUGUUUUGUGUUAAAUGUAGCCGCAAGGAAAAGAGAUUCCGAGUCUAUCGUCCGCCAAUACCCCGACAAAGUUCCGGUAAGGAAAAAUAUAUGUAAAUACAUGUGCGCUUAUGAAGUUAAACUUCCAUAAGCUUAACACUAAUGUCUGUUAUUGUUCCAGGUAACAAAAAACCUUGCAUUUUGAGGCACAAGCUGGUUAUUGUAGCUGCAACUAUAUUUAUUUUCCUGUUGCAUUCUUGGCCAUCGUUUAAGCUUAUAUAAUUUUAAAGAUGGUUUGUGCAUGUUUGCUCAAACAGUCUCGCGAAAUUAUACGUGGCAGAUCGCAGAAUCAUACCGUACUAAACAUUCUUGCCUCAGUAAGCGGGCAUUCGGUAGAGAGUGGAUUUAUCUAUAUUUGUUAGCGUUUCACUUAUGACAAGAAUUUUAUGUUGUACAUUUUAGUAACAUACUUUUUCUUGAUUUCAAAGGUCAUCGUGGAAAGACUCAAAACGGAAAAAAGUCUACCUGUUCUUGACAAAAUCAAGUAUUUAGUUCCAUCGGAUCUCACCAUGAGUAGCUUGUCAAGCAUAAUAAGGUAGGGUGGUUUUCGGCAGAGGGAUUUAAACAGAGGGGUGCUUCUGGCAAAUAUGGUACGGGUUUCCCAAGACAAAAAGAACCUAAAAUAUCUAUCAUAGGGUAGCAAGUAAAAUAACACUGGUAAACGGCUCAACAAGCUGCAGGCGGGAGGUUGCUAAGCACAAAAGAAUCCUAGAGUCGAAGAAUGCGACUUUAGCUUCUUGAGUGCUUAGCAAUCUUCCCAAGUGCAAGUAUAACUCAGUAGUACACACUGAGUAAUUUACCAUUUGUUUUAUGUCAUAAUCAAAAGAAGACAACUUUUUGCUCACAGAUAGCUGGGAAAUGACAUGGGUGCUGUCAUCUGCUCACCCUUUGCAUGUGCAAAUCACUCUUUGCAAAUUUUUGUCUUUCAAAACAAUCGUUUUGCUGAAUAAGUAGUCCUUCAAAGUGGAUUGAAAACAUUUUUCGUUAUGUUUAAUGGUAAACUUUCUCUCAGUAUUAAGACAAAAAUCUUGUCAACUCUGAGGUCUCCUACUGUAGAAUAUUAGAAAGUGACACGUAUGGCUUUGAGUGUUUGCUAGGUUUUGUAAUCAUUCUCCCAUUGGCAAAUAUAGUAAAUAGGUAAUUGACCAAUCAGAGCAUGCGCAGGGAGUGGUCAUAAUUUCUGUAGAAGGGGACUAUGGUAUGUUUAGAUGUUUUCCUUCAGAUUUUGGAACCCCCUCCUAACCCUUAUUAUUGUGGUAUUUUUCUCCUGGUUUCCCUCACUCCACAUCCACAACAAUGUACAAAAUACCAUGAUCCCUUCUCUACCACCACCAACCAAAUACCCUGGUUGUUCACCAAAUGAUUUACAAAAAGUUUCUAGAAAAUCCGUUUGGAAAAAAAAUAGAUAGAACAUGACUUUUUGAAUCGUAGUGCCAGCAGAACAUUUCCAGGAGCAACAGAACAUCUGAAAAGGUACUCCUGGUUUUCUGGGUGGAAUGGUCCCAAAUUUGUGUUCAGUUUCUUCAAAGCCAUCUUUGAUACCAAUUUCAGGCUUUCGUGGCCAUUUUUCAGUGAUUCAAGGACAAAAUUUACCAGGGCUGAAUUUUUUUUACCAUUUACCCAGACCAUGAAGGGACCGGUUUGCCCAUUUUGAUGGUUAUAAGACAUUACUGCAAUCACAAAAUUUACCCACAUUACUAAAAUUGUUUUAAGGCACUAGAUCUGCUAUGAGUGUGUUUCCUAGUCUCCCUCGCAGCUUUUUUUGUCUAGUCAUGCAAUGCUCUUCCGUGACAAACAGCAGCUCACAUUCAAACCACAUUCCUUUACAGUUUUUUUAUCAGCCUACAGAAAUGGCAAGUCAUAUAUCUGCUUAUUGACAUGUCAGUUUUUGAACAGAGUGAGCCCCCGUGAUCCAGUUGCGUCAGAUGGGAAGGGUUUUGUUUUGUUCUCAUAAAAGUUGAAUCAAAGAUAAAAGUUUUCCGUGGCGAAAACUGGAAAGCACUCUUUGCACUGAAAUAGAUGACCUUGAUGGGUACAAUGCUUGUUGGUAGAAAAGCUAAAUCACCAGUAAGUUUUCCAUUGCCGAAAUAUGUUUUUUAGCAGGAAACAGCUAAUUGUUAUACUAUCAGCAACAUUCAUCAGGUCUUGUCACAGUUGUAGAUGCAUGAGUCUCUAAAAAACAGCAUUCGAAUUGCAAGUAAAGAAAACAAAUACUGUGUUAAGUGGACAUCAAAUUCUAUUCCCAGCCUGGAUAGGUGGUCAAAUAUUCGAAGCAAAAACUACAAUCUAUAAAGACAAGACAAAUAACAGCUUUCUAGGAGACAACUCAACAGCACACGAUACAAUAGAAUGUGUGUAGUUAUUGGACGGCAUGUUAAAAGAUAUAAAUUUCCACAAAACAGUUCUAGAGAAGCAAAUUUUAUCUAUGACUUGCUCAAAAUCAGGGAAAGGAAAUGUGGUUUGAAUGUAAGCAGCUAUUUGUUUCAAACUGACCAUAUAACUUCAAAAAAGGAAUAUUAACCUUUACAAAAUCGCUCCCACCACUUCAACUUUUUGAAGGAAAUUCAUCAAAGUAUAACUUGGCAGAAUGAGCUGAGCAUGUGCUGCUGUGCACAACUGAUGCACAAUGUGCUCAAUUGGUAUAAAACUCGUUGUCAAAGUCCCAACUGUGUCAAUGCUAACGUUGUCUAUUGUGUUGAUAAAGCAACGUUGCCAUUUGGUCAGAUAAUAGGGGGACAGGAUGUCUGUGUCUUUCCCUUAAGAGCAGCACGAUAGUCAUCUCCUGUGGCAAGAAACCCGAUCUUCAACUUUUAAGAUAUCAGUAUUGUAGCUCAAGUGGAUAGAGUGCCCGCCCAGUGUUUGGGAGGUCAUAGGCUCGAAUCCUGUGGGGGACUCAGAUUUUUUCUUUGUCCGACGCUCAUGACAUGCUGAUUUCAUUUUCACAUUUGAUUCACCGAGCUUAAAAUUUACCAUCUUUCAUUCUUUCACCACACAGUACAACAUCAACGUAAUCCUUGCAGUAUGCAUGACGCAUGUCAAAUAUGAACCUAGUACAUGUAUAUGGCCUCGCUCUCCAUGAGUUCUCCAUAGCUCAAGUGGAUAGAGCGCCCGCCCAGUGUUUGGGAGGUCAUAGGUUCGAAUCUUGUCAGGGACUCGGAUCCUUUUUUUGUCCCACACUCGUGACAUGCUGAUUAAUUCAUUUUCACAUUUGUUUCACCGAGCUUAAAAUUUACCACCUUUCAUUCUGUCAUCAGUAUUGUAGUUGAAAACAUGCUGCUACCUUUUAAAAUGCAACACUGAGAGUACUCAGAUGUUAUUCAUGGUUCAUGAAAAAAGAAUUUGCCAAAAAACUCAAGUUUUUGGAGCCCUUUUUUGUGAUUCUUGGUUCUAAUCGUUGUUGCUAAUAUAAGUGAGAGACAUAUGACUUGACCUUUCUUCCCUUCUACUGACAUUUUUCCAUGUAGGAAAAGACUGCAGCUGAGUCCAACACAAGCAUUCUUCCUUCUUAUCAACGAAAAAAAUCUGGUCAGCAUAUCGAUCACUGUAGGAGAGGUUUACAAAGAUGAAAAAGAUGAGGAUGGAUUUAUCUACAUGGUGUAUGCAUCACAAGAAACAUUUGGCUCUUGAAUUAUUUAUGAGACAGUAUACUUUUAAUGCGUGGGUAAAAAUAGUUUUGAAAAUUGUACUAAGUGUAAUUAGCAUUGACCUGUAACAGUUAAGAGAGGGAGGCAAUAUGUAUAACCUAUUACUGUUUUUGCUGUAGAAAUGUAUCAUAUUAACCACUUUUACUGUUUGUACAUUGUAUGUAGUGCAUUUUUCAAAGAGAUUAACAAUAUACAAUAGUUAAUUACGUGCAUUAAUGUAAUUUUUGAAUUAUCUACCGCUUUAAUGCAAAAUAAAGUAACCUAAUU